AUGGUGAGAAUCAGUGUGCUAAACGAUGCUCUGAAGAGCAUGUCGAAUGCGGAGAAGAGAGGGAAGAGGCAAGUGAUGAUCAGGCCUUCUUCUAAAGUCAUCAUCAAGUUCCUCAUCGUCAUGCAAAAGCACGGUUACAUCGGCGAGUUUGAGUACGUGGAUGACCACAGGUCUGGCAAGAUUGUGGUUGAACUUAACGGAAGACUGAACAAAUGUGGAGUCAUUAGUCCUCGUUUCGAUGUUGGUGUUAAGGACGUUGAAAGCUGGACCGCUCGUCUUCUUCCUUCCAGACAGUUUGGUUACAUUGUUCUUACGACCUCUGCUGGUAUCAUGGACCACGAAGAAGCGAGGAGAAAGAAUGUUGGAGGCAAGGUUCUUGGAUUCUUUUACUGA